UUGCACAUGCGUGAUCUAAAGCUGGGGUGUCGCAGUGCACGUCGGGGAACACUUUCAAUUGCUUUUUGAAAAUAAAUAGUUAAAUCGUAGAGCGAUGUGGGAAACCUAAGUGACACGUUUGCUCUUUAAAGUGUUACCCAGGCCCUGGUGUGGGAGUUAGCUGGCUGCGGUUUUGUUUUUUUUUUAAACAGCUUUCCUGAGCGGAGCCUUUGGGCCCACUGAUUCCAGGGACUGUCAGACCUGCUGCAGUCAGAAUAAUGCGAGUUUGUUGGUUGGUUAGUAAAGAUGGGAGGCACCAACCAAUACAACUGGCACACUUAGUCUGUGUUAUGAUUGGAAGGAGUCCUGAAACCAAAAUAACAGAUAAAAAAUGUUCACGGCAUCAAGUACAGCUGAAAGCAGAUUACAAUAAGGGAUAUGUUCUUGUAAAACAGUUGGGCGUAAAUCCAAGCAAUGUCAAUUCUGAAGACUUGAAAAGAGAUCAAGAGGUGAAGUUAAAGCCAGGACAGGACCUUUAUGUUGUCAAUCGGCUCUACCCCUACACCAUAAGGUUCGAAGAAGGGACAUCAGACAGGGACGCAUUGUCACUAAAGAGGACACAGAAAGAGAUUUCUCCACUUAGUGGCUCCAGUGUGUCAAAUAAACACCUGAAGACUGAAGACUCCAAUCCAAGGCAGCAUCACACAUUUAACUCUGAGCCUGAAGCGAAGAAAGAGAAGACCAAAGAUGGGUAUAAGGCAGAAAAUAGCAGCAACUCUGUGACUCCAGUGAACUCCUCUGACGCCUCGGGAAGAAAAGAUUUUCAAGGAAUGUGGAGUCAGGGGCUAAAGAUCUCCAUGCAGGACCCUAAAAUGCAGGUGUGUAAAGAUGAUAAAGUUGUUGUAAUUAAGGACAAAUAUCCAAAGGCCCGAUUUCACUGGCUGGUUUUGCCAUGGGAAUCUAUCUCCAGUCUGAAGGCUGUGACGAGGGAUCACUCAACUCUACUUCAACACAUGCACCAAGUUGGCCAAAAGCUGGUUCAAGAAUGUCCACAUACUGACACAUUGAAAUUUCGGUUGGGUUACCACGCUAUUCCUAGCAUGAGCCACAUUCACCUUCACGUGAUCAGCCAAGACUUUGAUUCACCUUGCUUGAAAACGAAAAAGCAUUGGAAUUCGUUUAAUACAGAUUAUUUCCUGGAAUCAGAAGAUGUGAUGAAGAUGGUGGAACAGAAUGGCAAAGUGACAGUCAAGGAUGGAAUAGCUGAACUACUAAAACUCCCACUCACGUGCCAUGUUUGCCGGCAGCAACAAUCCACCAUUCCACAGUUGAAACAGCACUUGAAAAAGCACUUGCCUUGAAACGUUCUGCACUUCACAGUGCUUCUACAAAUCUGUCCAAUAGCAUUGACUCCAAAGACUUCCAAUCAUUGCUCAACUGAAUAGAUUAACAAGAAUCAAUGAUGUUGGAAUUGACCAGUAAAGAAUGAUGAAGCAUUCUAAUGGAGCAACCCAGUUUUGUACUGGCUUGCUAAAUAAUGAAGAUGUGUCAUCUGCUGGCACUGGUUUGUUGUUUCAGUGAGAUGCUGAUGGUGUUCAGUGGAAGACUGAUUACAUUUUCUUUAACCUUUAGCUACAAAGUGCAAUGGAUGAGUCACCAAAAUAGAAAUUGUUCGUGUGUUGUAGUCAGAGGUUAGAUUGACACACUGACUGUAUCAGCACAGAUAAAUAGAACUUUUCUAAACUAGCACUGUCUCCGAUCUGAAUAAUGGGAAAAUAAUAAUAACUCCUUGUACUGUCAGGGGGGAGUUCCCUCCCUAUGGUUCUAGUGAAGAUUUCCACAUUCCAAUUAUACCAACUGAAUGUGUUGAGUAGAGUUGUCAAAUUAAUAAAUUUAAUUUAGAUAAAGUCUAACAGACCAGUAGGACUCUUAAAGAAAGAAAACGGCAUCAGAAAUUGAAACAGAAAAGUUAUAAUAAUCUUACUGAAUGUAGAAAUAUACAAUUUGAAGUAAUUCCAGUUUAUUAAUUUGGGUACAAAAGAUGCAUUCAAAUCUCUAAUUUUCUGAAUAUUUCAGGAUUUGAUUUAUUAAAAAGAACAUCAUUUAUAAUUAGUAUGUGAUGAUUUAAUACAAUUUCUGGUUACCCAAGUUCUAAAUACAAUUUUUCAAACACUCUUCACCCUCUCUUAGACAUCUACAUCUUUAUGCCUUUUUUAGCACUGUGAAGCUUGGAGUACUUCUGCUGACUCAUAAUGAGCAGUACCCUCCAACUGCCCCAUCCAUACCCACUAUCUGGCCUGGCUAGUGGUGUUGACCAGGGCUGAUCUUGCUAAUCUUCUCCUCGUUCAGCUUUCACCCUGUACUGAUAAUCACGUGGAGUCUGCCACUGGAUACUUACAAUGCCCCUUCUUGUGCCAGAAUAUCGAUUCAUUUGUGAAUAAGGCAGUUUUCUGCCUAUUAGCCAAUUUAGAAUAAUGACCUCAACAUUGGUGACCUUGACAGAAACUUGCCUGAAGAGUGGUGAUACCUACAUUGGCUCAUGAUUAAUAAUUUUAAAAUUCUUACCUUCGUUUCCAAAUUGUUCUACCCAUGUGCCCACCUCAUUAGUUGCAGCCCCACACCUCUCCAGAACUUUGCCCUCAUCUAAUUCUGGCCUUUUGCAUAACCUUGAUUUUAUUUGCAAUGCUAUGCUUUCAAAUCCCUAAGCAUGAAGCUCUGGAAUUCUCUUCCUGAAUGUAUGGCUAUCACUUUGUUCCUCAAUUAUGCUCCUUGAAAUCUGUAAGCCUCAGUCAUCUACUCAAUUGUAUAAUGUUAAAGUUAUCAAACUUUGCUUCAUAGAAGUUCCUGUAAAAUGCCUUGGAUGUUUUAUUAUUAAAAAAAAA